UGGCUCCGCGGCAUCAACCCCAGAGCCAACACCACGCCGCCCCCGCCGCUGGACCAUGAGGAGGUCUACGUGCAGGUCGGGGCCCCCUGGCCUAUCGGCACCGCGGGCCCCGUGAUCCUCUUCGGCGACGCCUCGGGCGGCAAGCACGGCACGGACCCCCGCAGGCGAAGGGUCGGCAUCGGGCUGGCCAUCCUGGCGAACCACGGCUUGUCUUGGCAGCUAGAGGCGGGCGCGAUAGCCACUCUCCCUGGGCGGCAGCAGACGGUCCCGCGAGGGGGGAUUUACGCCUUCGUCCUCGCCCUCGAGCACCUCGACGCGGACAUCGACUACGUGACCGACCACAUGCCGUUGCUCAACGCGUGGCAGCGGCAGCGCUGGCUGCACCUCGGCGCGGGCAAGAACAGCGACCUCUGGGCGCGUAUCGGCAGGGCGUUGGCGGCGAAGCCCACCAGGAGGGUUACGGUCUCCUGGGCCCCCUCGCACCAGGAGGACGACGGCGAACCGAUCGUCUCGAACUUCCUCGCCACGGGCAACUGCUGCGCCGACAGGCUCGCCUACCUCGGGGCCGUUUUCGCCGCGAGCGGCGCCAGCGCGAGCGCCCCCCACGCGGACCGCUGGGACGUCAUCGCGUCGCAGGUCAGACGCAGGGCCAGACAGGCCUUGCUGGGCGCCGCUGGAGGUGACCCAUGGCUUACGGAGAGGCCAGCGGCAGAGCAGGACGCCAUCGACACCUCCGCCCACCAGAUCGUCGCGCUCGGCCGGGGCAAGUGGAAGUGCCUCCUCUGCCGCCAGGUCUUCGCCUCCGCCUCGCUGUCGGAGGCGGCCCGCACACCUUGCGACGCCACGGCGGCGGACUGGGCCACGUUCGACCACGUCCGCAGGGCCCCGCCAGGCAACGCCGUCUGCAUGGGCACAGGGGCUGCCCACGAGUCGCACCGCCUCUACGAGUGGCCUGCCAACAGCCUCUUCUUCUGCGGCACCUGCGGGGCCUACGGCACCACGCUGGGCAUGGGUUUGAGGUCAGAGUGCAAGGGCACGACGACGCGCAAGACCGCGGAGGCGCUGAAGAGGAUCGCCCAGGGCGUCUACCCCUCGUACCUGGGCCCCCCCAAGGCGAUCGCGCAGGCCAACAGCAUCAGCGCCACCAUCGCCCACGUCGUCUCGGGCGCCCUGGCCCCCGCCGACCCACCGCAGCACGCAGAGGAGGCCACCGACAAUUCCACGGCGGGCCAGAUCGAGGCAGUCAUCGGAAUCCUCCACGGCCAGGCCAUCCAGGCUGCGCAGCGGCCCUCGCGCAGGCAGUCGGAGGAGGCGUGCGGCCUCAGCCCCGGGAGGCGCCGACAACAACGGCACGGGCCUUGGAGCGGCCGCCCCAACGAGGCCAAGAGGGGCCCUGGGAGCGGCCACCCGCGGCGGCAGCGGCCCGCCACACAGGCGCAGACGCAGGGCUCGCAGGUGGGCGCGCCGACGGCAGCGGCAGGAGGCCCCCUCGGCCCCCGCCUAUGGCUUCCCGACUACACGUCGCCGGCCUCGGGCGCCGUCGUCCUGCACUGCAACGCGGCCACUGGCGCGCCAGGCCGCCACCGCCCACCGGCGGAAGCCACGGGCACCAGGGAGCCCAGCCCGCCCCCCCGCAGUGCCGUGCCCCCCGCCUUGGACCCCAGACCUGCCCAGCCGCCCGCGAACGAGCGUACCUUCGGCAAGAGGGUCGCGUACCUCCUCGGAGCAGCUCGCCGCAGUCUCGCGGGGGAAGGCCCACAGGACGACGCAGGCCCGAGCCCCACCGCUGCACCGGAGGCCGGCAACCGCCCCUGCCUGGCUGCAGGGCAGGCCGCCCGGGCCGACGGGCGAGCUGCCGGGGCGCUCUCGGGCGCCGCCGAGCUUGGGUUGCCGGGCCGCUCCUCCAGCAACCGCCCCUGCCUGGCUGCGGGGCAAGGCGCCCAGGCGCUUUCGGCGGGCGCCGCCGUCCUGGGGUUGCCGGACCGCUCCUCUGGCAACCGCCCCAGCCAGGCUGGAGGGCAGGCCGCCGGGGCCGAUGGGCGGGCUGCCGGGCCGCUCGCGGAUGCCGCCGAGCUUGGGUUGCCGGACCGCUCCUCGGGCAACCGCCCCUGCCAGGCUUCGGAGGAGGAGGACAACCAGGACCCCCCGCAGACCAGUGGCGCGGCCGCCGCCCCGGGGGCCCCAGCGGCGACCCUGGCCGCCGCAGCGGCCAGCGCGUUGGCUGUCGCAGCCGUGGCAGCCGCGGCGCGCGAUGCCCCGCGGGACAACGCCCAUGGCUAG